GCGAGAUCGCCUCCACAACCCAGAUCCACACCCACAGCUGAUUAUGGCUAACAGUUAGCACACCGCCGACGCUACGGAACUUAGCACUGUGGUUGUAACGAUAGCUUACAAUGGUGUAGGUUACUACAGUAAUGUUGGCACCUUAUCACUUAACUUACGUUCCUGUUUUACACGCGUGCAGAGAGGACUGUCUAUUCACUUCGCCGGUAUUUGUGGACCCUUCGCUGUUAGUUUCGUGCUAAUAGUGUUAGCCAAGUGGUGCUUGACAGUAGUCUGCUAACUGCUAACUGCAAGCAAGUCUUGGGAUUUGUUUUGCUAGAGGGCUAGUACUAUUGUGCUAGGGUGCUACCCUAUUCGGACUAGUUUAUGCUGAAUUACCAAAGAUUUCAAGAACAUUUGUCGCUUGUAAUUUGGGCUGGAUACAAGAUAUCAACCAUGUUUGAAACACUGUCUUAAUGAAACCACCAACACUUAAAGAUCCAUAUAAUAAGACUGCUGGCUUUUAUCUUUUUAUCUCUACAUGACAACAACAUGAUUACUUUUGCUGACCCCACCCAGUUAAUUGGGACAAGUAUCCCACCAAAUCCAUCUUUCCAAAUGAUAUGAUAGUAGCUGCCUGGAUUACUUUUUGUGCCUGCAGAAGCCUUGCACAGGUUCUGCUUCGCCUUUCUUCCUCAAAUUCCUUCACUACUCUUUGGGGGACCCUUGCCACUACAUCCAUGGGAAACAGCUGUGUGUGCCGGGAAGACAGUGAUUUCGAGGACCAUCACCAUGGAUCAACCCGGGCAUCUCGGGGACAAUCUAGGCGGGUUGAUCAUGGAACCACAGUUGGUGCUGAGGUCGGAGAGGCACGCAGCAGCCGACCCAGGGAUCCAGUUAGGCCUCCACGCAGAGGGAGAGGGCCGCAUGAGCCUAGACGCAAGAAACAAAAUGUGGACGGCCUAGUGCUGGAUACAUUGGCUGUCAUCAGGACACUUGUAGACAAUGACCAAGAACCUCCUUACUCUAUGAUAACUUUGCAUGAAAUGGCAGAAACUGAUGACGGCUGGUUGGAGGUAGUCCAGUCACUUAUUCGAGUUAUCCCUCUGGAUGAUCCCCUGGGUCCUGCAGUUAUUACACUUCUUUUGGAUGAGUGUCCCUUACCAACGAAAGAUGCUUUACAAAAACUGUCUGACAUGUUGAGUCUGAGUGCAGCUGUAGCAAAACAAGAUGCUUUAUGCCCUGCAAAACACAGAAACACUACAGCUGUUCUGGGGUGUUUGGCUGAAAAAUUGGCAGGACCAGCAAGUAUUGGUCUACUGAGCCCAGGAACCCUUGAAUAUCUUUUAGAAAGCUUGAGUUCAGAGGCUCAUCCAACUGUUAUGUUGUUUGCUCUCAUUGCCUUGGAAAAGUUCUCUCAAACAAGUGAGAAUAAACUGACAGUGUCGGAGUCUUGUAUCAGUAAUCAGCUUGCUGUUCUUGAGUCUUGGGCUGAACACCCAGAUUACCUAAAGAGACAGGUUGGAUUCUGCGCCCAGUGGAGUCUUGACAACUUGUUUCUAAAAGAAGGACGGCAGUUCACAUAUGAAAAAGUUAAUCUCACAAACAUCAAUGCCAUGCUCAACAGUAAUGAUGUCAGCGAGUACCUUAAGAUCUCCCCCACUGGACUUGAAGCACGAUGUGAUGCCUCUUCUUUUGAGAGUGUCCGCUGUACGUUCUGUGUAGAUUCAGGCAUCUGGUACUACGAAGUAACAGUCAUUACAUCAGGUGUCAUGCAAAUAGGAUGGGCUACUAAGGACAGCAAGUUCCUCAACCAUGAGGGCUAUGGAAUUGGAGAUGAUGAAUAUUCAUGUGCAUAUGAUGGCUGCAGGCAGCUCAUCUGGUAUAACGCUCGCAGUAAACCUCAUUCUCAUCCUUGCUGGAAAGAAGGAGAUGCUAUUGGCUUCCUGUUAGACCUUAGCAAAAAGCAAAUGAUUUUCUACUUGAAUGGACAUCAACUUCCACCUGAAAAACAGGUGUUUUCAUCUGCAACAUCUGGGUUCUUUGCAGCAGCGAGCUUUAUGUCAUACCAACAGUGUGAAUUUAACUUUGGGGCCAAACCUUUCCGCCAUCCUCCUUCAGUCAAGUUCAGCACCUUUAAUGAUUUUGCCUCUUUGCUACCCAGUGAAAAGAUUAUUUUGCCCAGACACAGGCGACUAGCAUUAUUAAAGCAGGUUAGCAUUCGAGAUAAUUGCUGCACGCUGUGUUGUGAUGUGAUGGCUGACACAGAACUGCGACCAUGUGGACAUGGAGGUAUGUGCAUGGAGUGUGCCUUACAGUUAGAGACGUGCCCCUUAUGCCGCCAGGACAUCCAGACCCGUGUCAGACUGAUUGCACAUGUGUCCUGACACUCCUCUCAUCUUGCCUUCAUCAAGGAGAAACACAAAACUUGCAAGCUCCUCUGAUCACCACAUGCCCAAUUGGGCUGGGUUGGAUGCCACAAUGUUGUGAUGCUGGGGUUCUAAGAGAUGUCUGCACAGGGGUCAAAAGAGGAAUAGCAUGAGAUGAGAGGAGGGCAACCUAACCACUCAUUCAUCUCCUGUUUUUGUCCUUCUGACACUCUACUGCAGGUACUUGGCUUUCCUUUGUCAGGAUUCUGAAAAGUGAAGAAGUGAAAGCUGAACAUCUCUUUCAUCAUUUACAAAGAAUUAACAGUCCUUUAUCACAUCUUGGAUAAUAUUUCUUUGUGCUUUCAAUCAAGGCUGCUUCUUUUUAUGUCACACAAGAACGGGCUGGUAAAAAGCCUUUCAUGCAGUAUUAAACACAAGGUACAGAAAUUGUCCCACAUAACGUUUUGUGGUGUCCAUAUUGAGAUUUAUGGUGUUCUGAGGUAGCGGUUCCAUAUGUUGUACCACCUCCUAGUCAUCAGUGACUGUAAUUGUAAGCACUAAUAUCACCCUUUUACCAGACCAAAUUAGCUGUAACUUUUAUAUGUGAGUUUGAUGGCCACUAAAAGUGGCAGAAUGUUAAACAUGGGCGAUGUAUUUCUUGAUAAUAAUUUUACUCUUCUGUUUACAUAGGCAAAGAAGUAGUUAAAAUUACUUCACAAUCUAAUGCAUAUUAGAAAAUUAGAAACUUGAAUUCACAAUCUCCUAUUUAAAGAAACUUCUCACAUAUUGAUAUUGUGCUUAUUUUUUAAUGGAUGCUUUGUCUUUAACAAAGGAAGAUGCAUACCUGUUUGACUUUAAAACCACACAAUUUGGCUGUUUUAUCGCCGCUUCAAUCCAAGCAAAAGUUACAUUCUGUUUUGACCAUAGGUCAGACAAGCCUGGAAAAAAAAUGUCUUAAGUUUUGUUUGUGACGAACACUCUGCAUUUUUGUUUGAGUGGCUACUUUGAAUCCUUAUGAUGUGAUUUAACUUUAUUUUAUAAGAAAUUAUGGUAACUGCUUUCCUAAAAUAUGUUGUUGAUUUAACAGUGAUGUUUGAGGUUUUGUUUAAAUUAAAUGUGAAAUGUUAAAGUG